AUGGUGCUGCUCCUUCUUUUUUUCCUGUUCUUAGGGAUCUAUGUGAUAAUUGUAGUUGGGAACCUAGGCUUGAUGAUUUUUAUUAGGCUUAAUCCACAGCUUCAUUUUCUCUUCAAUAUGUCUUUCAUAGAUCUCUGUUAUUCCUCUGUCGUUAUCCCCCAAGUGCUAAUAAACUUCGUUUCAAAACAUGACUGUGAGGAAGACAUUGGUGCAUUGGCUCAGCUGUCUUUGUUUCAUUUCUUUGUAAAUUCUGAGUCCUUUCUUUUGUCAGCCGUGGUCUAUGACCAAUAUGUUGCUAUCUGUAAACCACUGCUUUAUAACAGCAUCAUGUCCUCUCAGGUUUGCUCCCUUCUAGUGACUGGUGUAUAUGUAAUGGGAUUUACUCUUGCCAUGGCCCACACUGGAUGCAUGCUGAGACUAUCCUUCUGUGAUAGUAACAUCACCAACCUUUAUGUGUGUGACAUUGUCCUCCCCCCACCCUCCACCCCCAUCCUGGAACUCUCCUGCACUAGCACCUACAUCGAGGAGUUGGUAGUUUUCCUUGCAAUAAGCAUUGACCUUGGAGUGAUUUCCCGCUCUUAUGCAUUAAUCUUUUCCACUGUCCUCUGCAUUCUGAGGAAAAAAAAUACUGUGAGCAGAAUAAGAAGCUAG